AUGCAGUAUGUGGGCAAGCUCGUGUCUUCGGUGUAUAAUACUAUUACGCCGAACAUCAAUCCAUCUACGCUCAACGGUGCGAUUGAUGUGAUUGUCGUGGAGCGCGAGUGCGAAGUAGAGGAAAAAGUGACACAGGAGGACAGCACCGAACGAAUUGUGAAGCGCAAGACAACCGAGCUUGCCGCGACCCCCUUUCAUGUGCGCUUUGGAAAGAUGAGUGUGCUGCGGCCCGACGAGCGCAAGGUCACAUUGCACCUGAACGACUCGCCGGAGGCGCUGCCGUUUGCGAUGAAAGUCGGCGAGAACGGCGAGGCAUUCUUUGUGAUGAAGAUUGACGACAUGCCCGGCGACGUGCCGCAGGCGCUGAUGACGAGUCCGAUUGUUGGAUCGACAGAUGACUCUACGCUGAGGACGGAGCCAGAGCCGCUGGAUCUUGGUGCGUCUGAAACGUCGUCGCCAGCGCUUGAUCCAGGCCAGACGGAAGCACCAGAGGAGCUUGCAGAAAGCGAUCUCGCCGCAAUGCGCACGAGCAAAGACAUGGUGAAGAAUGUACUCGAUAUGGAUGGAUACAAAAUGACCAAAAACAAGCAGGAGCAGGCGCUUCGCGAAGGCAAACGCUUUGCGGACGAAAUGCCACUCUCUCGGCGGCACGGCGGCGUGGGCAAGUUUGGGUUCCGCGAACGACUGGACCGCAAGCAGUCGCACUGGCACAAGCAGUCGUUUGAGCGUGCGGUCCAUGACUCGGACACGUUCAAGCAUUCGCGCCGCGCCAGCGAUAGCUCCGUGCAUGCGCCCGACUUGGAUCGGGACGCUCCGCGCACGCAAGAGGCACCGCCGCGCCUGCCCAUCUCCAUCAGCGACUCUGCCCUCUUGCACAGCUCGAGGUACAUGUACGAAGUUCCUCGCGGCGGCCCCGCAAGCGAUGCGUCCGUUCCGCCGGGCACGACGCCCGCUGUGCUUGGCCCUGCACAAGAGAGCGAGCUGGGCGAGCUUGCAUGCGCGGAAAGCGACCCCUACCUGUUUCAGCUGCGCUUGGACAACUAUACACCCUAUACUUUCGAGCUCAGUCUGUGCAAUACGGGCGCGUCUAGCACACAGGGCGUUGAAUUUGACGAGGCGCGCGUCUCGUUCCAGCGAUUCGCGGAGGAUGCGUCGAUCAUUGACGAUCCGCGCCUUUGUAUCCGGCACAAUGCCACCUACCAUGUACGCUCCACCGACCCCGACAUGUUUGCGACGCUUGCGCUCUACCGCAAUGUUCAGCUCCAAACGGACAAGACGAGCGCGGGAAAAAGCGAGACAAAGCCUAGCGUUUGGAGCCGCUUGUGGAGUCCGCGCACGGAACCCGUCCAAACCCCCAUCGUCAAGUCCAAGUCGGUGCUUGUGUUGCCCGCGCAGGACAAGGACACGGCGGACGUUGCAGAAGAAGCGCCGGCCGCCGCGCAGCCCCGUACCGAAACGUAUGCCAAGACGCUGCGCCUCACAUCCGACCAACUCAAGCAGCUUGGCCUGCGCAAAGGCGCCAACAACAUCACCUUUUCCGUCACGUCGUCAUUCUCGGGCCUCGCGACGUGCCGCGCGCGUGUAUUUUUGUGGGACAGCAAGUUGCCUGUUGUGGUGUCCGAUAUCGACGGCACCAUCACGAAAUCCGACGCACUCGGCCACGUCUUUACGCUCAUGGGCCGCGACUGGACACAUCUGGGCGUGGCAAAGCUGUACCACGACAUUGCUCAGAAUGGGUACCGCAUCAUGUACCUCACUUCCCGCGCCAUUGGCCAAGCGGAGCUGACGCGCGACUACCUUGCCAACAUUGACCAGAACAACUACCGUCUCCCCGACGGGCCCGUCAUUAUGAGUCCCGACCGUUUGAUGGCCAGUCUGCACCGCGAAGUGAUUCUGCGCAAGCCAGAAGUGUUCAAGAUGGCUUGCUUGCGCGAUAUUGCGCGCCUCUUUGGCAUGGACCCAAGCGCAGCGACGCAGGCACAGACAAUGGAGCCCUCCAUGGAGUGCAAUACGCCGUUCUACUCGGGGUUUGGAAAUCGCAUCACGGAUGCACUGAGCUACCGGAGUGUGAAUAUCCCUUCGUCGCGCAUCUUCACCAUUGACGCAAAUGGCGAGGUCAAGAUGGAGCUUUUGGAGCUUGCAGGGUACAAGUCGUCGUAUCCCAACAUGACAGACUUGGUCGACCAGAUGUUUCCCCCCAUUGCCCACGACCACGGCUCCAAAUCCAACGCAUUCACCGACUUUGUCUUUUGGCGGGGAGCGCUCCAGGAUAUUGAGCUGCCGCCGGAUCAUGAGCUUCUGCCGGACGUGCCGUCGUCUCCAAUUAUGCGUGGCUUGCGCAGCCCCAGGAACACGUCUGGGCGCGCUUCCCCCGCAAGCUUGCCGCAGGGGACGCCAGAGCCUCCGGCGCAGGAACGGCCGAGUAGGUUCCGCCGCUUUGGAUUCUCGCGACUUGGACUGCGUCGCAAGAAGGACACAGAUGAGGGGCCGAGGUCCCUGGAUGCGACGUACACGUCGACGGACCCUUUAGCGUCGCCGCCGGAGAUUGCCUCGCCGCUCGCCAGUUCGUUUGAUACCGAGCGCGAACUCAGCACGUCGGCUGAGCUGGAGGAGGCGCUGGAAGUGCUUGCAGAGAACAAUUGUGGGGAGCAGAGGGAGCGCGCGCGUAGCGUUUCGCCGUCGACCAUAUUUCCCUCGUUGCAUGCGCGCGCGCGCAAAAACGAAGAGAAGAAAGAGGACAUUGCAGACGAGCCAUUUGACUUGGACGAUGAUCCAGUGCUAGCUGCAGGCGAUAUCCAGUUUGAAUGGCGCGGCUAG